UACGUCUCUCUGAAAUGUCCUCCCUUUGCCGAUUGGGUGUUCAAGGAUGGAUCCUGUGUGUUGGAACACAAGGGCAGUCAGCAUGAAGCGGAGCCCAUUUGCAGAAGGUAUCUGGCUGCUGAAGUCCUGGAAAUCAAGCCUGCCCCAGACUUGCUCUGCAGGACCCCUUCCGAAGGCCAAGGUCCUGAGAAGCACUGUCCCUCGGGCUCUCUGUGGUCUUGCCAGCGAGCAGAAGAGGUGGAGCUGCCAGCUCUUCGGGAGAAGCUGCUCAUUUCCUUCCAGGAUUUUGUGUGGCAGAGACGUGCUUCACUGCAGGCAGCCAAGGACUCCUGCUUCCUGCAGAGAGAACUGCACCGGGGUGAUGCAUCUGCAUGGCGCCCACUACACCAUGAACGGAACGGUGCUCAUCAACAGUCCUGGCUCUGGUGCCACCCUCUAUGUCAAGUCAGCCUGCUCCCCUGGCUAUUCCGGCAUGAGGUGUGCAAGGCUCUGCCUACUCUGUCCCGGCACUCGCCACCUGUAACCCCCUGAGUGGCCGCUGCAAAGGGCUCCUGAGCUGUGGCUACAGGUUGGCCCUUCCUGUCUCCAUGGUCUCAUGAGUGGGAGGUGACCCGGAGGAGCUGGCUGGUGGUACUGAGAUGGACACUUACUAUGUGGAGCAGAGUGAUGCCAAGACGUGGCAGCAAGCGGAGGCAGCCUGCAGUGCCUCUGGAGAAGGCAGGGGGCUGCUGGCUCUCAACAGCCUGGAGGAGAAGGCCUGGGUGACAGCCAUGGUGCAGAGGGACAGCUGGACUGGGCUGAAUGACCUAGAUGGCGAUGGCAACUGGACGUGGGCAGUGGCUCAGUACACAGAUGGCGCUGCCCCCUGGCUGGCUGGUGUGCCACUCCUUCUAGGAGGCUGCCUGAGUAUCGGAGCCCUGGGGGAUACUGGUCUCACCGUAUCCAACUGUUCAGGACUCAAGCCGUGGGUCUGCAAAGGAGUGGAGGUUCCCUGGAGCCGCUGCCCCACGUUAUAA